AGUAUGACAUAAUUUGUCUGCCUCAUCAUUGCCAAGAGAUAAAAAUCUGGAUCUGCUGUCCAAAUGUUUCUUUCAAUAUUUCUAACACGCUCACCGUCUUCCAAAUGAAAGCAGGAUGAUAACCAACUCACUCCCCGUGCUGGUGACCGAAUUCACUAGCUCUCUCUGUGCCAACCUCUUCUAAUGCCAGGUGCGGUGAAUUAACUCAAUCUUAUCUCAACUCUCUCAACUCCAUUCUCUGUUUAUUGUUUGUUAUAAACAUUUUAAUAAUCCAGACAGACUUUUUAGUAAUCAAGUCAGACGUUUUAGCAAUCAAGACUUACUUUUUUAGUACCGGUAAUCAAGACAUACUUUUCAGUAAUCAAGACAGACUUUAUAGUAUAAAGACAGGCUUUUAGUAAUCCAGGCAGACUCUUCAGUAAUCAAGGCAGACUUUUCAGUAAUCAAGUGAGACUUUUUAUCCCCACCUGUUACUGUUUUAUGUUCAGUUUAACAGUGUUGUCAUGUGUUGAAACCUAGGGCCACUGGUCAACCUUGAAAGUCAUGAUGGUUAUUUGUGUCAGUUUUUUUACCUUCUUAAAACAUUUUCUGAUUUUAAAAUUUUAUUUUAUUUUACUUCUCUCUGGCAGGGUCAAGUAUUUAUUUAACACAAGUCUACCUCAGCAGUGAGUGGCAGUAUGUCCAAUAUUCCAGAUGACUGGUUAUGGAUCGUUGUCGUUGCAUUCAUCAUCUCAUUCCUGCUCGCCUUUGGUAUUGGUGCCAAUGAUGUGGCCAAUACAUUCGGAACAUCCGUGGGAUCAAGGGUGAUCACUCUGCUCAAGGCAUGUAUCCUGGCAUCCAUAUUCGAAAUUCUAGGAGCAGUUUUGAUUGGUGAGUUUAGAAGAGAAAAAAAAAUCUUUAUUUUAUAAGGUCAUAAACUGACCUGUCGCAUCCAUCUUGGUCAAACUGACCAGUUGCACCCAUUAGGGUCAUUAACUAAGAGACUUAAAGAUCAAAAUCACAGCGGCAUACCUGGAAAACUGUUCUAAAUAUGGCUGCUGACAUUAUUUUCUGUCUGAAACCAUAAUUUUUCUGUCCAGGGUUUUUUAAGUCUGACAAAAUGAUUUUUUCUGUCUAGGGUAUCGAGUGUCCGACACCAUAAGGAAAGGCAUCAUAGAUGUGGAGCCCUAUAACAACUCUGAGAAGUUAUUGUUGAUGGGAAAUUUAUCGGCUCUAACAGGUCUGUACCUAACAGAUAUUUUUAUGUCUCUUUAUUUAUAAUUUUUUUUUGGUAUCAAUUAGUGCUUAUGACAUUUUUGAUCCCCUACAUUCAUUUAGUCUUCAUAUACUUUUAUCAAAUAUCAAUUUAACCUGCAAUUAUUAGGAUUAUUCUUUCUUAUAUGCAUCUUAUCUAUCAUCAUAAUUAUUGUACUAAAAAAAUCUUGUGCUUUUAUGCCCCCUUAACAUGCCUCCAAGAUUACAUUUCUAUCACACAUGUAACAAAUAAGAUAAGAUUAUUUUAUUGAUCCAAAUAAAUGGAAAUGCUUUUUUUAAUUUAUUGCAUUGUUCUUAUUUGUUCUCAAAAUAUGGAUGUAUAUUCUCCUUAAUGUAUAAAUGUUUAAACUAGGACUGUAACAAUUCAAACAUAAGACUUUUUAAAGUCUUUUUCAAGCGCAAAGAGGUGCAAUCAUGUGUGUUUUGUUAAAUAAAGCUCCUCUCUAUUUCUCUCAGGUUCCUGCAUCUGGAUGUUUCUGGCCACAUUCUUCAGAUUGCCUGUAUCAGCCACCCACAGCAUCGUUGGGGCCACAGUGGGUUUCAGCCUCGUCGCCAGGGGGUCCAAGGGGGUCGGUUGGUUCAAGCUGGGACUCAUUGGUAGGUUUCCUCAGAUUAGUUUGUGUCAUUUUAUGUCCACCCAACCAGAGGGUUAAUAUUUUCUCGUCAUUUUGUAAGCAUUGUGUCAUUUGUUUGACCAAUUGUAUUUUUAAGUUGUGCAAUAUGUGUAUGUAAAGUUCAUGUCAUCAUGAUGAAGUUCAUGUCAUCUAACUGGGAAAAGUUCAUUAUGUCUCAAGAAUGUAGAGUUACAGUUACAGACUAAAGAGACAAAUAAUUUUACCCAUGCCGGUGCGUGGCAAGAGAAAUCCAACAGCUGCCAUGAUACCUACAAAUAUUGCAUUAAUAUGCCAUGACCAAAGACCCCCAUCUUCUUGGCUAUACAUUGUAUAGUUCCAGACUCAAAGAGAGGCUGUAGUGGUGUGACAGUGGCAGGAAUUGUCAACAGUCUAAGACUUGCUGUAACAAAAAAAUAAUCAGCUUAUAGGCGAGACAAGAUGUCUAUACUAAUCCUCUCGAUCCCAUCCAACCGAUAGUCUUCAUAAAUAUACAACCUAUGCCUAUGGCAAACCUACUGCUGUGGUUGUACAUAUAUUGUUAUAAUUUUAGAUUAUCUUUGUGUCUAAAUUUGUUGUUUAAGUUUUCUCUGACAGAGAAGAAAGACUUGAACUUUGAGUGUAGAAGAAUUAAUUAGGGUCCAGACGAAUAUUAAAUAUGAUUGUAGUUUUGUUCACAUUUCAUCAGUUGCAUCAAUUCAGUGUGUAUGUUAUUCUUCCAGUUGCAUCAUGGUUUAUUUCCCCUGUGAUGGCGGGUGCCAUAUCAGCCGCCUUGUUUUGGCUUGUCAGAAAAUUCGUGCUAAGCAAGGUUUGUCAAAAUAUUACAUCCUACUAUUGCUCUAAAUGGGCUGCUACAUGUGAGCGUUGUUGCCCUUAUUCUGUGAAAAAAUGUGCUUCAAAUUUAAAAACAAGUUUUUUUUAUUUGGGUUGCCCUUUUUUUUAAUGUGGUAAAUAAUGUUUAAGUAGCUUAAAUAAUGUGUUGAUUUAUUGUCUUCAUAAUCCCUACUUACAUGAACAUAUUAUAUUAAUCUUUUUAACCUUUUAACAUAUUUUUUAGGAGAAACCUCUGGAACCUGGCCUGAAACUGCUACCGAUUUUCUAUGCUGCUACUAUAUUUAUCAAUGCUAUUUCUAUCUUUUUGGAUGGAUCAGUGUGUAAGUAUAUCGCAGCAGGUUCUCAGAAUGAUGAAAAUUCCUACUGCGAUGUCUUCUUUGGUGCUUUUUUCUUUCUUCAACACCGAUUUGAGAGAAUAUCCUCAGUCAAGUAAUGUUCCCUGUCAGUCAAGUCAUGUUCCCUGUCAGUCAAGUGAUAUCCCCUCUCGGUCUAGUAUGCUGAUGGGAGUAAAAAUCAUUUAACUAUUCUGAAAAUAUUGGAAAACCACAUGGAAGGAUUUUCUAAUUUCAAAUUAAACUGAUGCACUGUUGUGUAAUGACAUACCAAGUAUGGGUUAUUUGAAUUAUCUGUUUUAUGCACACUGUUGUGUAAUGAAACACCCAGUACGGGUUCUUUGAAUGACCUGUUUUAGACAAGAAUGAUUCCCAACUCAUCCGGCCUGGCCUGGUUUCCAACUUGACAUGCACAGUUAACACAAACACAAAUGUUUAUUGAUUGCUAGCUUUUGACUAAAUCAAACAACACAUUUAUCUUGGAUUUUUAUUAUGCAAAUGUCUGGAACAAUAUUAUAUUUCUUAAAAUACGGGAAAAUAAUGUUUUUAUUAUUGAAAUUUUUGAAAUUAUUCUAAUGUGUGGUCUGUAGAAUAUAACUGCAAAUUAUUCUAAUAUGUGGUGUAGACAAUAUGAGACUUAUCACCCAUCACUUAUCCAGAAUGUUAUAGUUUUUUUUAGUUCAACAUGUUUUUACACUCGUUUAUAAUGUUGAAAUUAAGUUUUCAUUGAUUUAAUUUUUUUUUGUUGCAUAUUCAACAGUGCUAUCCUUUGAUAAGAUCCCAUUGUAUGGUACUUUCAUCAUAUCCAUUGGCCUGGCAUUAAUCACAGGAGCUGUCGUCAGAUUUUGUGUUGUUCCUUGGAUGAGGAGAAGAAUCUUGGGUAAGGAGUAAGAGAUUUCUUUAGUUUAAGGUUAGUCUGGAAACAUUCAUCGAUGAACUGCUGGGGGAGGGGUGUGUUUUUAUGUUGUUCAUUUCAUUCUUUUAUAUCAUAACUACUGCGUAGAGUAAAAUUUCAGUGCAGUGGCAUAUUGAGUUAGAUAAUGGGUAAGUUACUUUUUAGGUGAUUUUCAUACACAAUAAAAGUCUGUGUCUAUACACACUAGAGAAGUUGAUAUGUACACAAGACAAAUAAAAAUAACAAAGUGGUUGAUACAAAAAGAUAAAACAUAUGCAAAUAAUGCACUGAUGGUUUCUGAGUACUAAAAUAAUUAUGCUUACAGUAAAGUUAAAUGAAUGCACAAAGAUUUUUCAGUAUUAAAAUAAUUAUUUUUACAGUUAAGUUGAAAGACAAAAAAACCCACAAAAUUAUUCAUGCAUUUUUUUUUUCAAACGGGUAAUGUCAUAACAGGAGUGAACAUUUCUUCUAUAUCAUUUUGAAGACAUGAACAGAAUGUAAUAUUUUAAAAAAUACAACUACAGUUAAAUUAAUAUUUUCAAAUACGUCCAAAUUUUUCUCCAUAUAGCUUUAAGCCGUGUGUAACAGAUUUUAUGUUGGUGCACCUUCAUGCCUCCACUGCAGCAUGGGGUUUAUGUGGUGCGUUGCUUAGACGCCCAUUCUGACAAUUUGUUAAAAGAGCAAAGCACUUCAUAGAAAACUAGUUGAGGCGCCACCUUUGGCAUUUAAAAUAUGAAUCUAAAACAGCUUAUUUCUUCAUUUAAUCUUAUUUAAUAUUAGCGUGUUAUGAUUUAUAUAUUUCUUCUUUCUUCUUUAUUUUAAGGGCCCACGAUCAAUGAAUUGAUCAUUCUGGCUCCUAUGUUUCAGAGGGGUUUGCGAUGUUACUGUUCAUGGGUUUCAAUGGGAUACUUCACUGGUUGCAAGGGCGACUCANAUCUUACGCACGGUGCACCAAAGCCAUCUUACGCACGGUGCACCAAAGCCAUCUUACGCACGGUGCACCAAAGCCAUCUUACGCACGGUGCACCAAAGCCAUCUUACGCACGGUGCACCAAAGCCAUCUUACGCACGGUGCACCAAAGCCAUCUUACGCACGGUGCACCAAAGCCAUCUUACGCACGGUGCACCAAAGCCAUCUUACGCACGGUGCACCAAAGCCAUCUUACGCACGGUGCACCAAAGCCAUCUUACGCACGGUGCACCAAAGCCAUCUUACGCACGGUGCACCAAAGCCAUCUUACGCACGGUGCACCAAAGCCAUCUUACGCACGGUGCACCAAAGCCAUCUUACGCACGGUGCACCAAAGCCAUCUUACGCACAGUGCACCAAAGCCAUCUUACGCACGGUGCACCAAAGCCAUCUUACGCACGGUGCACCAAAGCCAUCUUACGCACGGUGCCCCAAAGCCAUCUUACGCACGGUGCACAGGAAAGACGUUCAUUUGUGUGCACCAAUAAAACUUAAAAUGAAAAGUUCAUGAGUGAUCCAGCCCCAAUGCACAAUUGUCAUUUUUUAAAAUUUGUAUAGCUCAAAUAAGGAAUAAAAUGCAUAAAUGGAGCUCCGGAUCCAGGCGCUUCCCGUGGCUUGAAAUGCAUUUCUUCCACCCUAAACAAUCUCGGGAACACGUCCGUCCAAAAACACUUCACGACAUCCUUCAUAAUUGCCGACAUCUCACCACUUAUGACACACUCUAUCCAACUGCAACAAGAAGGAUAACUCUAGUGUUCUGGGAAAGAAAGUAGAGCAGAUUACUCGGAGCGGAGGGGGGGGGGGCAACACAAGCAAGAAGCAAAGAUAAGGAGAAUGAAGCAUUGUUGUUGGCGGUCAUGUUUUUUUUAAUGGGCUCUGAUUCUCAGGUCUUUUACUUUUCCUUUGCUCCAAUGGGAAUUAUUUUCACCAGGGCAGUCACUUUAAAUUUGAAGUGUAUAAUAAAUUGAGUCGAGCUUAUAUAGAGAACAAAAUGACUGAUAGAAUACUGUCUCAGGCUUUGAAGUCAUUCUAAUGGCCAUUAAGGUUAAUUGAUUAUGUGAAAUUGUUGGUGAAUAAAUGUUAAUUCAUAAUUUAAGUUUUUUUUUUUGGAACAAAUAUUCUUCUUCUAUAUCUUAAGGGCCCACGAUCAAUUUAUUGAUCAUUUUGGCUCCUAUGCAUGUAGAUGGGAUUUGCAAUGUUUCUGUUACUGGUGUUGAUGAGGAAAUCAUGCACUAGGGGUUUGAAGGCUUGAGGCAAAUGUGUCUAGUGUUGUCGCCUCAACCGUUCCUUUUGAAAGAUUGUUCCAGUUCCUGAUUGUCUUGGGCAGGAAUGAGCAGCUCCUAUACUGGCUUCUUGCUGGUAUGAGCCUGAAUUGCCUGUCAUGGCCUCGUCGCUGUCUAUGGGGGAGAGGGACGAGUUUCUGUUUAAUACUGGAACAGUGGACCAGCCCAUUAUUUAUCUUGUACAUCAUGGAGAGCCUGGAUUGUCGUCGUCGUUUCUCCAAUGGUGACCAGCCUAGUGUUUCUAGCAUGCUGCCAACACUAGAGGUAUUCCUGUAGCGGUUUAGGACAAAGCGUGCUGCUCGUCGCUGGACCGCCUCCAACCUGUCAAUGCUCUUCUGGGUAAAUGGGUCCCAGACUGAAGAUGCAUAAUCUAAAAUCGGACGGAUAAAGGCUUUAUAUGCUCUUUCUUUCACACAGGAGUUGCCAAUCUUUAGAUUUCGCCUUAAGAACCCCAAGGCUUGGUUUGCUUGGUUACAUACAUUGUUAAUAUGCUCGUCCCAGCGGACCUCUCUUUGAAUGGUAACACCCAGGUACUUUACGGAGGAAACUUGCUCAAGAAUAUGGCCGUGCAGUUUGUAUUGGUAGUGUAGAGGAGUACAACUUCUAGAGAUUGAUAGUGUCUGGCACUUGGCAGGGUGAAAUUCCAUGUCCCAGCUCAUCUCCCACUCAGCUAACAGAUUGAGAUCCUGUUGUAGCUGGUCCUGGUCAGAUCUGUUGGCGAUCGUCCUAUACACUGCUGUGUCAUCUGCAAACAGUCUUGCCUGUGAUGUCAGUUUCUCCGGUAGGUCAUUAAUGUAUGCUAGGAACAAACAGGGGCCCAGGACUGAUCCCUGGGGGACCCCUGACUUCACAUCGACAAAGGAGGAGCUUGUACCGCCCACCACUACUGCUUGGCGUCGGUGGCUGAGGAAGCUAGAGAUCCAUGUUUUAGUGGUGCCUUGAAUCCCAUAUCUCUGGAGUUUGUGUAGAACCAAACUAUGAUUCACACGGUCAAAUGCUUUUGCGAAGUCCAUUACUAGCACAUUAGUCUGCUUGUGGUUCUCCAGAUUGGUCAUCAGGUCUUCUACAAAUUCGAGAAGCUGGGUCUCACAUGAUCUAUUGACUCGGAAGCCAUAUUGACAGUCAUUGAGUAUAUUAGUAUAUUUUGGCUUUCAAGAUGCUUUAUGACUGUGCUUACGAUUAUGUGCUCCAACAGUUUGCAGACGACACUGGUGAGGGAUAUUGGACGAUAGUUGGCAGGGUCGGAAUGCUCCCCUUUCUUGUAGAUUGGAGUGACAUGCGCUGUUCUCCAGUCUGCUGGAACAUUUCCUGUGCAUAGUGACGAUUAGAAGAGGAUUGUCAGUGCAGGACCGAUUUCUUUGGCUAAUUCUUUGAGCACUCGUGGUUUGAUGUUGUCAGGACCACAUGCUUUGUAAGGGUUAAUGGUAUUGAGGAGGGCAAACACACCUUGUUCUGAUAUCUGGAUAUCUCCCAUGAUAGGGUAGGCUCUGUUCAUCAUUUUGGUCUUCAGAAGGAACUCAGUUUCAACUUUUUGUAUGAAUGAGCCAAUUUGUAGAAUUUUAUUAUACAUUUAUUACAUCAGCUGUUAAUGUAUGCAUUAACACUUAAAAUGAAAAGUUCAUGAGUGAUCCAGCCCCAAUGCACAAUUGUCAUUUUUUAAAAUUUGUAUAGCUCAAAUAAGGAAUAAAAUGCAUAAAUGGAGCUCCGGAUCCAGGCGCUUCCCGUGGCUUGAAAUGCAUUUCUUCCACCCUAAACAAUCUCGGGAACACGUCCGUUUUUUGAUAAAAAAACUUAUGUUAGGAGUAAAUAUAAGUAAUAAUAACAUAUUGUAAUAAUUUUUAUUUUUAUGAGUAGGAUUCCACCUUUGAAAAAUAGUAUGUACCAUAUUUUCUGGCAUUUAGUAUGCAGUUAUUUUCCCUUAAAGCCUUAAAAUACGCCAAAAAAUAUGGGGUGUCUUAUGCGCCAAGUGUGUCGACAUUUUUCUCUUCAAAAAAGUCCGCUGCAUCCUUUAGGGGGGCAAAAAGUAACUUUGCAGUACAUAUAACUAUUAUUAUUAAAUUGCACUAGUCAUAUCUGAACAUGUAUCUACUGAUCCAAUUUUUAACGUUAUCUUCUGAUCACUGUCUAUGUUGGGGACCUAUGCCCAUUCUUAUUCUUUUCUUUCUUAGGCAGGAAAUACAGAUAUUAUGUAAAUUUAAUUUAUAAAUAUAUGAAUGUUUUUAUUGUACCGAUGAAGGCAUAUUCCCAAAAGUUUUUUUUUUUUUUACACUGUAUAAUCGUAAUUAAUGCUUAACAUAUAUUGUUUUAAAUACCCAAAUUAUUUGUGUCUCAGUCUCGUUGAAAAAUCUGCCAACAGAUGCUGUAGAGAAUGAUUUGAUAAAAGAUGAGAAAGCCAAACAGGAAAGCACGGACGAAAGUGACCACUUAUCUUGCUGCAUUUCAUUAGGAAGAUCAAGAAAUAAGAAGAAAAGUGAGUCAUGAGUUUUCUAUGUCAUCUCUGGUUGAGAUGGUCGGCGGUGACACCAUUUUACUUUACACGCAACGUUUCAUGCAUUGGAUCUCUUUGUCAUGUCCCUAUGAGUUAAUUAAUCUUCAAUCAGGUAUUUUAAUGUGACUCUGAUGGCUCUCUGUCCAACUGGAUUAUGUCUGUGUGUCUUUAAUCUAGAUUUAAAUGCAGCAUGUAUUGAGCAGAAAUAUAUAUUCGUUGCUUUGAGGUAUAGAAAAUUAUUGCUGUGUUUCCUGGGGGUUGGGGGGUAGAUUUUGAAGGCAAUUGGUGCUAAAUAAGAAUAUUAAUCGGAAGCCUGGAAUUGCUCUUUUAGGCUAGACCACUUAGGUUCAUCUGAAUCCUCUUCACCUAUCUGAUUGUAAGACAGAUCAAUGCAUGCAUAUUCUUAUAUACAUUUUAAAAAACAAACUCUUACUGAUUUUUGUAUUUUUUUUUUAACAGAAGCACUUAUUUAUUCAAAUGGAUUCAAUGGAGGUAUGCUCAUUAUAUUAACAAGUUGAUCUUUAGAGAAUUUUAUUUUUAUUUAAUGACCUGUUGGGGAGUUGCUGUUUGUAAAUAGAACAUUAUUGCAUGUUCUCAUUCAUAGGUGUUUCUUUUUGUUGUUCAGCCAUGAUCAGUUCAAAGAGAUUUCACUGCAGAAUUGUGGGGAGUAUCACUUUCAGCAAGUUUUAGAACAGAGAUAAAAGAAGAAAAAAAAAAACCCAAAAAACUUUUUAACACAUAUUGAACAAAUUAAUAGGAUUUUUUUUAUAUGUAUAUAUUUUUUUUAAUGUCUCAGAUUCAGGCUGCAAGUAUGCAGAGACAGUGAUAUCAGAAAAGCUCCUACACAAUGACCAUGCACACAACGGGGUAAAUUUUUUGUUUCAUGCAUAAAAUACUCAAAGCUUUAAAGAUGAAAAUAAAAUAAGAGGCUAAAUUUGCCCAAAAGUAGGUCACUUUUGCCCCAAAACUCUUGAGGUUUUGGCCAUGAAAUUUUUAUUUUGGGAAAGUUUUAUUAAUCCUGUAAGCAGAUCUCUAUCCAUGGAUUAAGCCUUGGGAAUCCGUAUAAAUCUAUUAUUUUUAAUCAUUACCUGAAAAAUAGAUUUAAAAUAUACUUAACCAAUUUCAGGCCAUUAGCUGACAUUACGUACAUUUCAAAAUUUUGUGUUCCAGCAUGCAUUUGUACUGCUAGGAAUUAAAUAAUAAAUCCUUACAGAGUGUUUCUUUGGUCUAUUGGACAGAAUUACCAAGGAGACCUAGAGCAAAGUCCAACUCCUGUUGACAGUGAAAAAACAGGAGCAGGUCAAUCAACAACACAACUGGGUAGGUUUAAAAAACAACUGGUUAGGUUCAACAACACAACUGGUUAGGUUCAACAACACAACUGGUUUAGUUUCAACAACACAACUGGUAUGGCUCAACAACACAAUUGGUAAUGCUCAACAACACAACUGGUUUAGGCUCAACAACACAACUGGUUAGGUUCAUCAACACAACUGGUUAGAACAACAAAACUGGUUAGGUUCAACAACACAACUGGUUUAUUUUCAACAACACGACUGGUUUAUUUUCAACAACACAACUGGUUUAGGCUCAACAACACAACUGGUUUAGUUUCAACAACACAACUGGUAAGGCUCAACAACACAACUGGUUUAGGUUCAACAACACAACUGGUUAGGUUCAUCAACACAACUGGUUAGGUUCAACAACAAAACUGGUUAGGUUCAACAAGACUGGUUUAGGUUCAACGACAUAACUGGUUAAGAUCAACAUUAUUUCAUGAUUUUUAAUUCUAAACCAUUUUCAUAUUUACACCUUGGCUAUUGCCUUUGAUAUCUGUUUAACCUCCUCACCUUUGAAGUUUAUAAAUAAAUGAAUAGUGCAAGCUUAGAUUGUCAGAAAAAUAGUUUCCCUCUGUAAGUUUACAGGUAAUUUCAAGUGAAUAUAGGGAGGUGGAAUAUAAAUCAAUUGGCUUAGUUAAAAUUUUAUUUAAACCAAGGGAUCUCAAACUCUCUGAAGAGUGACACAAGGAGAAUUUAAGGGUUCCAGUUCUAAAAGACCAAUCAUCGCAACAUGCUACACAAGUUGCAAUUAAACUUCCUUUGACACUGACACGAACUGUAGACUAGAACAGAGGUUGCAAACUUGCUGUUCUUUUUGUUUAUAAACCCGCCCCUGCUUGGGGCUCAGCUCCCUUAAUAGAGAAAGAAGGGCUCUUCUCUUUAAAAAAAAAAAAAAAAAACAUUGAUGACGCAUGGACUAGAAAAUGCUCAUAGCAGUAGCACAAACUUGAAAUAGUGCUUCUAAACAUAUGUGACGGUCUAAGCUGAGCAGAAUAAAUGAUGACCAACAUUUUGGCAGAGCAUUGUACAGAUCAAAAUGUAAUUUGUUGAUUAUUGUAUCAUGUGGGUAUUUGAUUUGAGAUUAUACAAGACUAAUUUUUUCGACCUGUCUCAAGUCCUUUGUUAAUUUUUUUUUUUUUUCUUAAAAAAAUUAUUUGACAGUGAGCCAAAAUGACGGUUGUGAUACUCUUCUUGAAACAGAGCCUCGGGUAAGUUCCCAUCUGUGUCUCAGGGUUAUGUUAAACACAUAUUGUUGGAUGCAAUAUAUGACCACUCAAUGUUUAAAUACAUAAAACUGUGAAAUAAAAAAAAAUAUACUUGCUGGAGUUUAAUCCAGUUGCUGGAGUCUUAACAUUUUGUGUGAAGAAUUUGUAAAGAAGUGAUUCUCAAAAUCUGCUGUCCUUAAACCGACAACGAUUUGUAAAGGGAAACCAAAUUAAGAUCGUUGGAAAAGAAGACGACUCUACCAAUUGUGACAGGCACUUGCGGCCAGAUUUAGUGAUAGUUUUUUUACUUUCCUCACCGUCUUAAAGAGCUUCACACUGAAAAGCUUUGGGGGGGGGGGGGGGGGGGGUCUGUGCCACAUCGUCAUUAGAUAAUAAAUUUUCCUCUUAUUACCUUUUGUCAUGUCUUUAUAUCUGAGGUCUGUGAAUAUAUUUAUGUUUUGUUGAUCAUUCAUCAUAAUGACCAAAAAUAUUUAAUAUAAUUUCUACCUGUUUGGCUUAUAUUGUUAUAAAAUUGAAAAAAAAUUACUAUUGAUAAAUGAUGUGUUACUUGUAUUUUUGUUUGAGAAAUAGGCAACUUUCAAACAUCUCCCCCAACCCAGAAAUAACUCAUUAUUUUGCUCCAUGCAUAGCACACUAAAAAGCCGAAACGUGCUGCCAUAGUGGACAAGCCCGAGACAAAGUCUUUGUUUUCAUUCCUUCAAAUCUUGACUGCCGUCUUUGGUGCUUUUGCUCAUGGAGGAAAUGAUGUCAGGUAAACAGUUUGAUUAUCUUAGCGUGCGAGACCUCAGUUUUUUCAAGUGUUACAUUUAAAAAAAAAAAAAUUUACCCAAAAUAUCAUUUUACGGGUGAAGAAACACGACAAGGUUUUAAUUUCUCUGUUGUAAAUGAAUGGAAUAUCUUUUCGUUAUUUAUUUUAACCAUUGAUAUGAUGAACUGCCACAGUUGUGCUUAAAAUUUAAAAAAUAUUUACGGAAAAAAAAUGGAAUAGAAAUGAGAUGACUUUUUGUACUUGUAAACCUUCCAUGUUUUUCUUAAUAUGGCACUUAAGUAGUAUGCUGACGGAGCAUUUUUAAUUUUUUUUUUUAUGCUUGACGUGAAGAAGUUGAAUUGUGAACACAUAAGGGAGAAUGUUUUUUAAAAAAAAGUGGUAAUGACUUUUCAGAUUUCUGAUUAUAAGAGGUUUGGACAGCGAUUUGAAUAAUAAUUAUGAACGUACAUCAUCAAUCAUCAAACUUCUCGGAUAAGUGUGAUAUGACUUAACAGAAGACCACUGGAUGUAGCCUGAUAUUAUAACUGUAUUUUGUGACUUGUAAACCAUUGAUAUAUUUAAAUUAGAGUGAAAUGCAUUUUCAUCUUUCCGUUACAGUAAUGCCAUCGGGCCUCUGGUGGCCGUGUGGAUGAUCAGCAACGAGCACAGUGUGGCACAGAAAGCGCCGACGCCCAUCUGGAUUUUAUUGUACGGUGGCGCCGGCAUCAGCGUUGGACUCUGGAUCCUCGGCCGUAGGGUCAUUAAAACUAUGGGCGAGGAUUUGUCAAAGAUCACCCCCUCAAGGUACGGGAGGAAAUAAAGUAUUGCUAUUAACCGAUGGGUAACACUGUUGAAUGGUUGAAACAACUGGUGCAUUUAAUCUAGUGGUUGAGUGCACGUGAGGGUGUUGUAUGUAAAUCUCAAUAUUGCAUUAUAUUCUUUUAAGUGUCUGUUUAAGGGAACUUUGCUUGAACAAAUGGGGGAAAAUGUGAUGUAUUUAUGUGACCAAAAUCUAAUAUAAAAUAAUCCACUAUGAAUACAGAUCGACACUGAGAUACGCUUUGAAUGAACUAUAGCAUUAUAAUUUAAUGUUAUUUUUUCUUUCUUUUUAAAUCCUCUACUUCGUAAGGAAAAAAAAUUGAGCACGCCACAAUGUGGGCCCAAUUAAGACCAAAUUGGGCCUUAUGCUGCAGCGUAAAAAAGGCCUAUUUCUUUCUAGGCAUGUGCAUUUGAGUCGUCGUACAGGACCAACCAAAGAGACUUAAAUGCUUGCGACCCAACCAGCCAGCCUUUAUUGAACAUGAUUAAUAAUAAAGAAAUGCGCCUAAUGCUGCAACAUCAAUAGCACCCACUUUAAUCUUCCCCUGCCCACAAAUUGAUUUAAAUAUUUAUUUGACUGCUGAAGUUCUACUUCCAAUAUUUAUUUGACUGCUGAAGUUCUACUUCCAACAUUUAUUUGACUGCUGAAGUUCUACUUUCAAUACUUGUUUGACUGUUUCUUUUCUCUUUUUUAAACAGUGGAUUCUGUAUAGAGAUCGGUGCAGCCAUGACUGUCCUGAUUGCCUCCCAUGUUGGCAUUCCCAUCUCAACCACACACUGUAAAGUGGGCUCCAUCGUCUUCACUGGACGUGUCCGUUCCAACGACAACGUGGACUGGUCACUCUUCCGGAACAUUCUAAUCGCAUGGGUGGUCACUCUGCCAGCAUCAGGGGCAAUCAGUGCUCUAAUGAUGUACUUGUUAAAGGAGUUUGUCCCUGGUGCUGACGAUGGUGCAGGUAAAUUCCCUGAUGUCUUUAUCCAGCUUUUCUAAAUUAAUGUUGUUAUCUAUAGAAUUAAAAAGUUGAUUUAAAUAAUAUAGAAUACCAACAGAGAGGUUUUACUUUUUUUAAUUAGCUGUGGCCAUUGGACUGUGUUUUAAAUGAUGUACCUUAAGCCAUACAAUGGUCUUAUCUGUGGCCAUUGGACUGUUUUUAAAUGAUGUCCGGUAAACCAUACAAUGGUAUUGUCUGUGGCCAUUCUCCUGUGUCCUCAUGGGUCAGAAUUGCAUUCAGUCUAAGCCUGUUUUUUUUGUUGCAAUUAAUACUAGCCAAAUGAUAGACAGUAUCAAUAAUAAAAUCACUCUGAAUUAUUGCUUGGUGUCAGCAGUGCAGAGAAAUGUAGAGAAAUGCAGACUGUGUCGUGGAGAUUAAAUUUUAAUAAAUGACAUAUUUUAAAACACAACUGCAAAAUUUCAAUAGUUUUAAAAAAUUGUACAAUCUUUGGUACCCGGUAGUAAUAAUAACUUUUUUUUUAUUUUGCCGGUUGCUAGGGUCAAAGUUCACAAUGAAACCUUUUUUUUAAAUUUAUGUCCCCAGGAAUGGACCUACAGAAUAACAUGACAUUGUGGAACAGUAAUAUGACAACUGUGAACAGUACUUGGAUUCUUUGAUAUCACUAGGGAAUGUUGAAAAAAAAGGUUUCCAAGCAAGAUCUCUAAAGUUAAACAACGCAUUCAGCUGGAACCAUGAGCACAAGAGAGUUUCAUUCAUGGCCAUCGUUUGAUGCACGGCGGCUUAAGGACAGAGAGAGACAGUUUAUUCUCCAGGCCGGCAGUAUCGAGGUCAACGGGAUGCCUGACAUCGAACCUACAGACGGACAUCAUGUUACAAUGUUCUGGACUCGUUGGUUUGAUUAACAGUGGGAGAAAAGGGGGAGGGGGGUGUCAAGACAUCCUCCCUGGGAAAACAAUUUUAAGAUUCGCUAACUUUAUCUUGAGGGCGCUAGGUUCAGACCUGAGGACAUUUGCUUUUGUUUUUUUUAAUCCUGCCUGGUCAUACAUGUCAGGAAUAUUGAACAAGCCCACCUCCACCCCUCUCCCUGCCUGUUGAAACCAAUGAAUGAACAUGAAAUCUUGUAACUAGGCCAUUGGUCCCCACGUCUCAGGAAUAGGGCUCCCCACGGCCGGCAUUAGGUGAAGAAUUUGUUUCAGUAGUUAUUACAUUUGGUUUUUAUUUGGGGUGUUCUGGGGGAUUUUUGGUUGCACUUUUGGGGAAAUGCUUGCGUGUUAAUUUGAUAGAUGCUUGGAUUUAAACAUAUCUCAGGAUGUCUUAGCCUGAAUGAAGCUUGUUAUUUGAAUUUUUUUCUCUCUUUCUCUCUGAUGUUAUCACAUUUCCAUAAAUUUGAAAAUCAUGUAUAAAUAAAUGCUAGCGUGAAUGUCAGUAAAUUUGAAUUUAGGGCAAUCAUGUUAUUUUUAAACUCAAUGUUGGGGGUGAUUUGGUGUCGAAGCCUUCAUGGCUGCAAACAAACAUAAAGGUUGAUCAAAGUAUCAAAGAAACUCUGCCUGGUGCGGAACAAUAGACAAACAACAACGAAUAUUGAUAUGGCCUUAGUCAACAGAAAAAGCUUUUGUGUAACUGCUUGGGUGUAUGCAUCUAUAUGAAUCUGAAGGACAUUGUGCAUCUUGAAUGAGAUUGUAUGGUUUCAAUGACAUGACAUGCGUUUGUAUGUCUUUAUUCCAUGAGUUCAUACAACAGUAUGAGAUUUGAAUGUCCCAAUGACAUGAGUUUGAAUGUCAGUAUGUUAAUAAGGCAAUGAAGCGGCAUGACAGAGAUUGUACCGUAUGAAUGCCCUGAGAUUGUUCAGGAGUUUUGAAAGAGAUUUCAAAGUGAUUAAAUCAAUACGUCCAGUCUAAACCCCUUUGAGUUACUCAUUUAAACAAAAAGAAAGAAAAAGAUCUGUGUAUGCCAGGAAGUGGGAGGGAGCAUACAGUUAUUUCAUUCCUUAAUUUCAUGUGUAAUAUUUAUAACAAAGUUAUAUGUAAAUGUAUAAUUAUUUUUAAAAUAGACAAGAAACGCAGUGACUAAUUUCACCUUUGAUGAACCCAGUGUGGGGUUUAUUUAAAUUGAUUAACACAGAAGCUCAAAGUUGUUUUUUUAUUACUGCUGGUUGUGAUCUCACACUCAGAUGCAGCAGUAUGGAGUGCUAAAUAGUAACUUGGGAUCGAUCUCACAUAAAAAUAUGAACCACAAGGCAGGGAAAUUUUAGUUUAAAAUUCCUGGUUCAGUUAGAGGGGUAAGGAGUUUGGGGGGGGGGGGAGUGUUAAAAAUCUAAGAUUUGGGUUUGUUCAUAUCUUUUGGGAUGACUUUUUAUCUUUCUUUCUUUAACCUUAAAAUAAAUACCCUUGACUGUACUGAACUCAAUGUUUUACUUUGUUUCAUAACUUAACAGGUCACUGCUAGUUUUUUUAAAUAAAUUAUAAGAUUUGGGUUUGUUCAUAUCUUUUGGGAUGACUUUUUUUCUUUCUUUCUUUAACCUUAAAAUAAAUACCCAUGGCUUUUUUAUAAAAUUCCAAAUGGGGACUUAUUGUUUGUCGACUUGUAGAUUCCAUACCUAUGAAAUUCAUCACAGUUUUUUGUUCUCCAAAUUUUGAUGUGUGGCCAGAAGUGGUCGUUAGCGUUCUUAUUUUUUUAAAUUUUAUUUCUUACUGUCUAGUAAUCAAUGAACCACCCAUGGGCCGCCCUAGGCUGUUUCCCCCUGCUUGCCCCUCCUCCUAGAUUGGGCCCUGUCUAUACUAACUCUGUAAACAUUAAAAACUGCACUAUUAACAACAGGCUCUUGAACAUUUUUUAACUUACAUUACUUAUUUCCUUCUGUACGUCAUUAUUGAAUUGAAAAGAGGAAAAAGAAAAAUGCGAUCGAUGUAAAAUCUACUAACCUAACACAGGCCCCCCCCCCCCCACCACCAC